AUGAGAAUGACUUCAAAAGAUACUGAGCUCAUACGAAAUGCUCAAUUGCUGAUUUGGGAUGAGGCCUCAAUGGCACCCAGUAUAGCUCUAAAAUGUGUAAAUAUGCUCCUUCAGGAAAUUAUGCAAAACAACAAGCCAUUUGGCGGAAAAGUAAUUCUCCUUGGUGGUGACUUUCGACAAACACUCCCAGUACUUCCUCAUGGCAAUAGAUCUGCUAUUGUGGAAGCUACCAUAAAAUUCAAUGAUCACUGGGAUAAAUUAAAAAUUUUGAAAUUGCAAAAUAAUGUGCGAUCGAUAGAUCCAGAAUUUAGUAACUGGCUACUACAAUUAGGACAGGGUUCAUUAAAUAACUCAGAGGGCCUUCCUGAGGACUUAAUUGAGAUUCUUUCCAAAUUAAUAUGCCACGAUUGUAUCAUAUCUGAAAUUUUUGGAAAAAGACUUCUUCCAUCUGAUUUUCCCAAUUUUUCUAAAAAGGCAAUUUUUUGUACAAAAAAUGCUCAUGUUGAUCAAAUCAAUGAGCAUGUAUUAAAUAUACUCGAUGGUGAUGAAAAAACAUACCUAAGUUCAGAUUCAAUUGAUGAUCAGACAGAUGAAGAUACUCAAAACUAUCCCAUAGAAUUUCUGAAUGAAUUAACUCCAUCGGGAAUGCCUCUUCAUAAGCUAAAAAUUAAAUUGGGAAGUAUUAUUAUGUUGCUUAGAAAUCUUAACACAAAAAGAGGUCUGUGCAAUGGAACAAGAUUAAUAGUUAAAGAUCUUAAGCCCAAUCUAAUAAUUGCAGAGGUGCUCACAGACAGCUCAAACCAGAUGGUUUUUAUCCCACGAAUAGAUUUAGCCCCUGCCAAUACUGAACUACCAUUCAUUUUACGAAGGAGACAGUUUCCAAUCAAAUUUGCUUUUGCAAUGACCAUUAACAAAUCACAAGGUCAAACAUUAGACAAAGUUGGAAUAUUCCUUCCGGAGCCAGUGUUCAGUCACGGACAACUUUAUGUUGCAAUGUCUCGAGUUCAAACAUCAUCUGAUGUAAAAAUUAAGAUACUACAAGGUUCCAAGCAAGGAAAAAUGUUACCAAACAGGUAA